UGCAUUGCGCGUGGUGGGUCACUAGUCUUCUUCAGGAAAAUCGAGAGGCCAGACAGGCGCAACCUUCACUCUAUUUCCUCCCACUCCCGCCCAACUAUUCCAGCUCCACAGCAAAGAGAACGAUACCUAUGGAGGACUCCGCUCACUCAGACUGAACCUGUCUACUGUCAUUCCAUCAUCAUCAUCGUCGACGUCGUCACCAUCGCCGUCUCCAUUUCAGAAUUCGGGGUGGGUCCGAAUAAUAGUUAAAAGAACAGCUACAAGAUGAGCACAGUGGACAAGAUGCUAAUAAAAGGCAUCCGGAGCUUCGAUCCGGAGAACAAGCACGUCAUUACCUUCUUCAGGCCGUUAACCCUAAUCGUUGGCCCCAACGGCGCUGGCAAAACUACAAUUAUCGAGUGCUUGAAGCUUUCCUGCACCGGGGAGUUGCCUCCGAACGCAAGGUCUGGCCACAGCUUCAUCCAUGACCCCAAGGUUGCAGGGGAGACGGAGACGAAGGGACAGAUAAAGCUUCGAUUCAAGACUGCGGCGGGUAAGGAUGUGGUGUGUAUUAGGUCAUUUCAGCUUACGCAGAAGGCAUCGAAGAUGGAGUACAAGGCUAUUGAGAGUGUGCUUCAGACGAUUAAUCCUCAUACAGGAGAGAAAGUUUGCCUCAGCUAUAGAUGCGCUGACAUGGAUAGGGAAAUCCCUGCGCUAAUGGGUGUUUCAAAGGCUAUUCUUGAAAAUGUUAUAUUUGCACACCAAGAUGAUGCUAACUGGCCGUUGCAAGAUCCUUCCACAUUAAAAAAGAAAUUUGAUGACAUUUUCUCUGCCACUCGAUACACUAAGGCUCUGGAGGUCAUUAAAAAGCUUCACAAGGAUCAGGCCCAAGAGAUAAAGACCUAUAAACUGAAGUUGGAGAAUCUUCAAACCUUGAAAGAUGCUGCAUACAAGCUUCGUGAAAACAUUUCUCAAGAUGAAGAUAAAACGAAAUCACUAAAAAGUCAAAUUCAGGAGUUGGAGAAAAACAUUCAAAAUGUUGAUGGUAAUAUCCAUCAAACAGAGAUUACACUAAAAGACUUGCGAAAACUACAAGAUCAGAUAUCAACCAAGACUGCAGAAAGGAGGACUCUGUUUAAAGAGCAGCAGAAACAGUAUGCUGCUCUUGCUGAAGAGAAUGAAGACACCGAUGAAGAAUUGAAGGAAUGGAAAGCUAAAUUUGAGGAAAGGAUUGCACUCUUGGAAUCUAAAAUUAGCAAGUUGGAGAGGGAACUGGAAGACACAGAGAACAAAAGUUCUUUUCUCAUGCAGACAAUCAAUGAAAAUAUCCGGGAGAUUAGCAAACUUCAAACCGAAGCUGAAGCUCAUUUGUCCCUCAAGAAUGAAAGAGAUUCAACCAUACAAAAGCUUUUUGCGAUAAAUAAUUUGGGACCUCUUCCAAAUUCUCCAUUCAGUAAUGAGGUUGCUUUGAACCUAACUAAUCGAAUCAAGUCAAGGUUAAUGGAUCUUGAGAGGGACUUGCAGGAUAAGAAGAAAUCAAAUGAAAUAGAGCUUAAGGCAGCCUGGGAUCAGUACAUGGAUGCUAAUGAGCGGUUGAAAAAUAUUGAGGCUGAAAAACAUGCUAAAAUACAGAUAAAGAAUGGUAUUAUCAGACGCAUUGAAGAUAAGGAGCGUGAACGUGAUUCAUUUGAACUUCAAAUUUCUAAUGUUAACCUGGCUCACCUUGAUGAAAGAGAAUCGUGUUUGCGAAUUGAGGUUGAGAGAAAGACAAAUCAGCUUGCCGAAAGAGAUUUUGAAUCGAACAUACGACAAAAGCAGAGCGAGCUAUUCGGCAUAGAACAAAAAUUAAAAGCUCUGAAUCGAGAGAAAGACAUCCUGGCAGAAGAUUCUGAGGACAGAGUGAAAUUGUCUCUGAAGAAGGCAGAGUUGGAGAACCACAAGAAGAAAUAUAAAAAAAUAAUGGAUGAAUGCAAGGACAGAAUCCGAGGAGUGCUCAAAGGGAGGCUUCCUCCUGACAAGGAUUUAAAGAAAGAAAUCAUGCAAGCUCGAAGGGCUGUUGGAAUGGAGUACGAUGACUUGAACUCAAAAUCACGUGAAGCUGAGAAGGAGGUGAAUCUGCUACAGAUGAAAAUGCAGGAAGCCAAUAACAACCUGUCCAAACUUCACAAGGAUGUGGAAUCUAGGAAGAGAUAUAUUGAAUCCAAACUCCAGUCCUUGGACCAGCAGUCUUCGGAUAUUGACUCCUAUCUGAAAGUGUUGGAAAUGGCCAAGGAGAAAAGGGAUGUCCAGAAAAGCAAAUACAACAUUGCAGAUGGUAUGCGGCAAAUGUUUGAUCCUUUCGAAAGAGUUGCCCGUGCUCAUCAUGUUUGCCCCUGCUGUGAGCGCCCUUUUUCUGCAGAAGAGGAAGACGAGUUUGUAAAAAAGCAAAGAGUGAAGGCCACUAGUUCUGCAGAGCAUAUGAAAGUGUUGUCCAUGGACUCAUCUAAUGCAGACUUGAACUUUCAGCAGUUGGACAAGGUUCGUUUGGUAUACGAAGAGUAUGUCAAAAUUGGCAAGGAAACAAUUCCUCUUGCCGAGAGAAAUUUGAACGAGAUUAGGGAAGAUUUGGAUCAUAAAUCUCAGGCCCUUGAUGAUGUGUUGGGUGUUUUAGCUCAAAUAAAGGCUGACAAAGACUCAGUCGAGGCCUUGGUACAGCCAGUUGAAACUGCUGACAGGCUUUUCCAGGAAAUGCAGAUGUUGCAAAAGCAAGUUGAUGAUCUGGAGUAUAAGCUUGAUUUUCGAGGGCAAGGUGUGAGAUCUACAGAGGAAAUUCAAUUGGAGUUGAAUACUGUGCAGACAACAAAGGAUAAUUUGCAUAAUGAUCUAGACAAAUUGAGGGAAGAAUGGCAGUACAUGCAAAGUGAUUUAACUAAUAUUCAAUUACGGUGGCACAACGAAAGGGAAGAGAAGGUGAAAGCAGCUAACAUGUUGCGUGAUGUUAGAAAGGCUGAAGAGGAGCUAGAUCAUUUGACUGAGGAAAAAAUUCAAGUAGAUCUUGAUGAGAAGCAUUUGGCGGAGGCUCUGGGCCCUUUAUUGAAGGAGAAAGAUAAAUUAUUGAGUGACCACAAUGAUUUGAAAGUUAAACUUAACGGUGAGUAUGAGGAGCGGGCUGAACUAAAAAUAAGUUACCAACAGGAGGUUGAGACUGUUCUUAAAGUUGCUUCGAAGAUUAAAGAGUAUUAUGAUUCAAAGAAAGGAGAGAGGUUGAAGGAACUGAAAGAAAAGCAAACUCUAUCAGAGUCUGAGCUUCAAAGUUGUGAUAUCAGGAAGCAAGCAAUUUUAGAUGAUCUAAACAAAAGUAAAGACUUGAUGCGGAAUCAAGAUCAAUUAAGACGAAAUAUUGAGGAUAAUUUGAAUUACAGGAAAACAAAGGCUGAGGUGGAUGAACUUACUCGUGAGAUUGAAUCUCUAGAAGACAACAUAUUAAAGAUUGGUGGGGUUUCCACUUUUGAAGCUGAACUUGGAAAGCUCUCUCGAGAAAGAGAGAGACUUCUUUCAGAGUUAAACAGGUGCCAUGGAACAAUGUCUGUUUACCAAAGUAAUAUUUCAAAGCAUAAAGUUGAUCUUAAACAGACUCAGUACAAGGACAUUGACAAACGAUACUUUGAUCAGCUAAUCCAGUUGAAGACGACUGAAAUGGCAAACAAGGACUUGGAUAGAUACUAUAAUGCCCUUGACAAAGCACUCAUGCGCUUCCAUACAAUGAAAAUGGAGGAAAUAAAUAAGAUUAUUAGGGAGCUGUGGCAGCAAACAUACAGGGGACAAGAUAUAGAUUAUAUUAGUAUUCAUUCGGAUUCUGAAGGUGCCGGUACUCGAUCUUAUAGCUACAAGGUUCUUAUGCAGACUGGUGAUGCAGAGCUGGAAAUGAGGGGAAGGUGUAGUGCAGGUCAGAAGGUUCUUGCUUCGCUAAUUAUACGGUUGGCAUUAGCUGAAACGUUUUGCCUCAACUGUGGAAUACUUGCACUGGAUGAACCAACAACCAACUUAGAUGGCCCAAAUGCUGAGUCUCUUGCUGCAGCUCUGUUGAGAAUCAUGGAUGAUAGAAAAGGACAGGAGAAUUUUCAACUCAUAGUGAUCACUCACGAUGAGCGGUUUGCUCAAUUAAUCGGUCAACGCCAGCAUGCCGAAAGAUAUUAUCGAGUCACAAAGGAUGAUCAUCAGCAUAGUAUAAUUGAAGCUCAGGAGAUAUUUGAUUGAAGUUGCUCCAAACAGAGACUCCUGCGGUAAUGGCCUCUAUUCAGAUAGCUGCACAUUCAUGGCUUGAUUUGGAAUAUGGGUAUGGACCUAUAAAGCCAUGUCCGUUGUGUGUAUAUCCCUAUUGUAAAAUUCAAUUUUUCAGUAGAGUUUCUUGAAAGUGCAUUGCGUCCUUUGCAUUGUUGCCAUCAGCUGUCCCACAUUUAUGUUGUAGAUGUAGUUGUCUGAGAUAUGGUUGUUGGUAGCCCGUCUUUUGUUCGAGAGGCUGCAUUGCUAAUCGCUGAAUGUACUUCGCACUGACAUGUCCAAUUGUGCAGUAUUGUUUGAUACAACGGAUGCAGUUUGUUAAAUGUAUUGUCAAGCAAGAUUCUUGUCGUGGUUGGUCACUGAAAUUUGUGGAUUACUACAAGACAUUGUAUGUUUGAAAUUAAGAAAUUACCAAAUCCAACUACUUAUGAUUUGUACAGUUGAAAGCAUAAUAUUUCAUGUCUAUUUUGU